AUGCUCUUCAGCUUGGAGGUCGCUGUGACGACCUAUUGUCUCCUGGUCGCCGGUUUUGCUGAGGCAGGUCCUCUCAAACGAGCCUUCAACGUAGCUCGCCGUGGCGACAUGGUUGCUUUUGGAAACUCCUCUUAUUCAUCCAGUGCCAGUGCCAGUGCCAGUGCCAGUGCCAGCACCGGAACGACAGUCCCAACUGCGUCUGGUCCGUCGCCGAUUUUCGAAACCUUGACCGGCACGACAAUAUCCAUUCCCGAGUCUCUACUGCCGGCAGCUCACGGGAGGGCUAGUUCGGAAACACAAGGCUCGUACUCGGGGCCGUUGAGUGUCAUCCCGGUAACCCUGCCGUCGAUACCACCCACCGCCGGCCAAACUUUCACAAGCUCCGCCGCCGCUUUGUCCUCCUCUUCCACGACGGCCGCAGAGCCGCCCUCGUCAAGCCGACUUGCCGGACCGGGCCAGUCUUUCACCGGGAACCGUCUCUUCAUCUGCAGGAGUCAGCGUCACAGCAUCCACGAAUGCAUCUGCAACUGCAUCCUCAGCUGCAUCCUCAGCCGCAUCCACUACACCUCUGAGCGUGGGUACGACCGGCCUGUCUUUGACCACGUCGUCUGCCUCCGGGCAGAAUGCGAGCGCUUCUUCGUAUCCGGGCACAACUACCAGCGGGAGCUCGGCGGUGACCUCGACACCAAGUGUGGUAAACAGUUCCAGCAGCACUACGUCCGACACUCGGAUUGCAACGAACCCGGCACAGUCUACCGCAGGACCAUCAAGCGGCCCAGCGACGACUGCAUCGACCAACUUGUCCGCUCCCCCCCGGGGACCGAGCAGCAGCCACCCACGGGCUCGACAACGGCAACUACAACCUCCGCGUUCACCACACUCUCGCCAAGUGUGGCACCCGGAGACGCAACCAGCCAAACUGCUGGCGUCUCGGAAGCACCGCCAAAAAAUGUCGCAACUACCCGGUCGAAUGUCUCGACUCUUACCCAGCCCCAGCCCCAGGACACGACCGCUCUCACAACAUCAUCACCAUCCUCCAGCUCAUCGUCAAGCCCAGUCAUUGACACGUUCACCCCGACCGGAACACCAAACGGCAACGUCCCUACCGCCAUCACCAGCCUACCUACCGGAACCAGCACCGUUCCAUCCGAGAUUUACGCCAGCAACAUUUCCCAAGCAAGGGACUUGAACAAGCUGUAUUCAUCUCUUACGCCUCAGUCAGCUUGUGCCGAAAGGCAGAUGGCCUGCAUCAACGGCAGGAUGGCUCAAUGCAGCGGCGGCGGGUUCAAUCUCACCGACUGUCCGGGGACCCAGAAAUGCUAUGCGCUGCCCAUGAUGAACACGCAAGGCGUCAAGCUGGGAUGCAGCGACCCUGCAGAAGCGCAACGGAUUCUGGGAAAUGGCUUCGACUUGGGCGGGGGUAGCAGCAGCAGUAGUCGGAGCUCUGCGAGCCGCGCCGUCCCGACGACUCUCAGGACAGAGAGCAAGAGGCCGGUACUGACCCGAACGCGCUAUGUGACUGUGACUGAUUUGUCGUCAACGUCUUCUUCUGCUCAACCAGCGGAUUUGCUGCCGUCCACGACGGAACAUGCGCCAACAUCGACGGCAGCAGCUGCAACAACAUCCACGUCAAAACUACCUCCGCCUCUUCCUCCGCCUCCGCCUCCGCCUGCGAGCUCGACAUCAUCCACCCAGCCAGGAAGAAUCGUCAUUACUCAGACAUUUAGUACUCCUGGCCAGGCGCGGACAUCCCAACUGCCCAGCACUACGAAUGACGUCCUGCCAACACCAAACCCCAACAGCCUGCUCCUCAUCCCCGUGGAGCUUAGCAACCUGAUACCCAAGCCUGCGGCUCCAACGCAAGAAUCCAACCAAGUUGCCGGGAAUGGUGGUGGUGGUGGUGGUGGUGGUGGCGGAAGCGGCGGCGGAAGCGGCAGCUUGAAUGGUAAUCCUAGCAGCAGCAUCACCGGAGCUCCUCGAACGACAGUCGUUAGCAACGGCACGCCGACCGUGUCUGUGUUUUUUACCGUCACGGUGACGGAGAAGGAGAGGAUCACCGAGACCGUCACGGCGACGUUGACUCUACCGGUCGCGACUAGUGGUUAA